AUGUUACCGGAAAUAUAUUUUAUAAUAAUUUGUUGUUUUGGCGGGAUGGGAUUAUUCUUCAAUUUUCUUUUAAUUUAUCUAAUAAUUCGGUAUACAAUGAAAGAAAUGGAAGUUUAUAGUAAAAUACUUUUGCAAACUUGUAUUGUUGAUAUUGCUGUGAUUGUUGUAUUUGCUAUUGUUCAGCCGGUUUUUUUCUCUGAUAAUGGAAUUGGUACAGGAUGGGAAUACGGACCUACACAUUAUUUACCCAAUCCUUGGCAAUGCUUAUUUUUUAUUUUAUUUUCCUUUAUGAAAAGAUUUACUGCAGUUAAUGUUUGUUCACAAUUUAUUUAUCGUUAUUUGGCUAUUGUUCGGUAA